AUGGGGGAUGGCAGCGGCGCGUUUGGCGGCGAGAAGGACGGCCAUGUGGGCGGGUCGAGCGUCCCCAGUGCGGAGCGAUCGCGACGGCAGUCACACGAACCUUUCAUCUUCUUUCCAGCCUUCCGUCUCCCCAACCCCCCAUUACCCUCUCUUCCCCCUCUCUCGCAUACCACCUUCCGCGCUUCCCCUAUUCUCCCCUACCCCUCCUCCCCUUCCCUCCCACCCUACAGCACAGCACUAGCCACCAGGCCUCCGCCGCUCUUCCCGUACUGCGAGUGCGAGGGCAUGCGGGAGCUCUCCAAGCUGCUUCACACAGCACAAGCUGCCGAGCCUCCACCCCUGUUUCCGUACCGAGAGGGCGAGGGCAUGCCGGACCUCUCCAAGCUGCUUCGGCACUCCGACUGCCCCUCCCACUGCCCUCCUGCCUCCUCCGACCUCCCUGCUUCUUCCUCUGCUGCUGCUGGUGGUGCCGCUGCUGGUGACGCUGGUGAUGCUGGUGGUGGGAAAGGGGGGGUUGUGGUGGAAGGAGACGGAGGAGGUGACAAGGAGGCGGGCGAUGAAGGAGGGAAGAAUGACUUUAUGGACCAUGAUGGCCCUGCUGCUGCUGCAACUGAUGGUGCUGGUGCUGCUUCUGCUCAUGCUUCUGCUGCUGCUGACACCAGUGGCCCUUUGCCUGUAGCAGCAGCAGCAGCAGCAGCAGGGGCGUAUCAGCAGCAGCCAGCAGUGGAGAUCUCGGUGCCGCCCGAAUCUAUCACCACUGCCAACCGCCAGGUGCGGUCGCGGCAGCUGUGGGGCACGGACGUGUAUACUGACGACUCGGACAUUGUCGCAGUGCUGAUGCAUGUGGGAUACAUCACGCCCGUCUCAGUGCCCCCACCAGCAUCCAUAGCUGAGCUCCGAGCAACCAUUCGCGUGCUGCCACCUCAGCCCUCCUACCGCUCCUCCUCGCGCAACAGUAUGAGGUCGAGGGCAUGGGGCUCAGGCAAGGGCACAUGCAGCUAUGCCGUGGAAAGCUGCAGAAUCAUCAAGCAAGACGGCACCAGCAUCGACCUGGAAGCUUCCUCUGCCCGCACGCCCCCAGUGGGGCCCACUCUUGUGCCCGCAGCAGUGGAGCGCACCAUGACCACUCGUGCAUCUGCCUCCGUGCGGAAUGCGCACAGGCACCAGCGCUUUGUGCAAGAAGUGACUCUACAGUACAACCUCUGUAACGAGCCCUGGCUCAAGUAUUCGAUGGCGAUUAUUGCAGAUCACGGGCUGAAACGGCCUCAGUUCACCUCAGCACGGCUCAAGCGGGCCGAAGUGCUGUACCUGGAAACAGCCACGCACAGGUUUGAGUUGAGCUACGAGCCUGUGUCCGCACGCAAGGUCUUCUACUCUGUAGCGCUUUCGCAAGCCCAGCAGCAGCAGCAGAUGCAAGCCCACACUAUGCCACUUGAUGCUGCUAAUGCCAAGGCUGAUGGGGCUGCUGCUGCUGCUGGUGAUGGUGGUGCUGCUGCGGAUGCUGGUGCUGGUGGUGUGGUGAGGGAGGGAGGGGUAGAUGCUGGAGGGGACAAAGAGGGGCAAGGUGGGCGAGCGGGAGAGAGGAACGAAAGAGAGAAGGGGGCAGCAGAGGAGGGAGAGGGAGCCGAGGGGUCUGAUAAGGGAGCGAAGGAGAAGCAAAGGGAGGGAGGAUCGGAGAGCAAAGCAGCAGACGGGGAAGGGAAAGAGCACCCAGAAGCACCAGCUCACCCCCCUUCCAAGGCACAUACAAGCAGCGCUGCAGCAGCCAAUGCUGCAAACGCUAACUCUCCCAACACAAACAGCACCUCGGCUGCCCCCUCUUCAGCAGCAGCAGGAACAGCAGCAGGGGGCAGCCUGAGUGGCUCGAAACGACCCUUCUCUCUCUUCUCCUCUCCUUCCGGGAUCCUAGGCACCAACAACACCAAUCCUGAAACGCAGUGGAUUCUGCCUCAAAGUGCGUUGGCGCACCUGCAUGGGAAGGGCAAGGGGCCGAGAGACACGUACCGGUGGACCCAGUGUGUUCCUCCUCUCCCUCUCGACCAGCUUCGCUCCCACGGCUGCCCUCUCCCUGCUGCCUUCACCAAGAUCCUGGAGUCUGGCCUGGCAUGGGGCAAGGUGCAGUGGGCGUCUGGAGGGGUGUGUGGGCGCAUUGGGGGCUGCUAG